AUGGCCCUGCCUUUAGCGGCAGGCAACAUCGACUGUCAGCCGCAAGUGAUUUCCCGUAUGAGUCUCGUCGCGUACCUGCGCGGAUGGGAGGUGGAGUCUGUCUGGGAGAUGGUCGGGCGUAUUGCCCAGGGGCGGGAGGUCUGGGAUGCGUGGACCAAUCCAGUUGCGGAAGCGAACGAUCCGAGUUCACUCGUUUCGGAAUACGCCGCUUGUGCCGUGUGGCGGCCCCACAUGGCCCUGCCUUUAGCGGCAGGCAACAUCGACUGUCAGCCGCAAGUGAUUUCCCGUAUGAGUCUCGUCGCGUACCUGCGCGGAUGGGAGGUGGAGUCUGUCUGGGAGAUGGUCGGGCGUAUUGCCCAGGGGCGGGAGUCUGUCUACGAGAUUGUUUGGCGUAUUCUUCAGGAGGUGGAGGUGCUCGCCAGAGGUCUGACGGCACUCUGGCACGAUUUGUCGACGUGUUGGGUGUGGCGGCCCUUCAUGGGUCGGCUGGUACGUGGAAGGAGUGUCGUCGGGUGCAUGCGCGAAUGUGUGAGACGUUAUUGGCUGUGUGUCUUUGUGCAGUCUGUCUGCGAGAUGGUUGCGGUUGUUGUUCAGAAGCGGACAGUAAGAGACGAAACGGACGCACGGGGGUGUUCUGCAUUUCGCGGCAACUGCCGCACCACGUAGAGACCAUUGCUGAUGAGGUCACCGCGAUGAGGUGUUGUUAGCUGGCAGCGGCGCCACUCUACGUGCGGCAUGUCCAUGCUAGAUUGUCGGCACGGGGUACUCCCCAGGAGCCCACCGGCACUCGGGCCCUGAAGGUAAGAGAAGAAAAGGAUGCUGGGGCGUGUGGUGUGUCUCGUGGCAACUGGCGCGCCACGUAGAGACUACUGCUGAUGGGGUGACCGCGAUGACGUGUAGUUAGCUGGCGGCGGAGGCGCUGUGCGGGCGGGACGACCAUGUUUCAUUUGCGACACAGGUGCUCGCCAGAGGUCCGGCGUCGCUCUGGCACGAAUUGUCGACGUGUUGGGUGUGGCGGCGCCACAUGGUCCGGCCGUUGUAUGGUAUGUGACUCGUCGCGUAAAUGCGCGGAUGGGUGAGAGGUUAUUAGUUGUGUGUCGUCGUGUAGUCUGUCUGGGAGAUGGUCGGGCGUAUUGCCCAGGCGCGGGAGGUAAGGGAGCAAAAGGACCCGGGGGCGGGUGGUGUGUCUCGUGGCGUCUGCUGCACCACGUAGCGUAGAGACUACUGCUGAUUGGGUCAUCGCAAUGAGG